AUGCAGGGCAUGCUGGAAUAUAUUAAGAUUUAUACUGAUGGAUCUAAAACACAAAAUAGAACCAGCUUCGCCUAUUAUAACUCUUUUUGUAAAAUUGGUAAAGUUUUUGAAUGCAAUAAUCUGAUGUCGAUUUUUUCUGCUGAGAUUCUGGCUAUUAUAUACGCUGUCAAUAGUAUUUUGAUAAAUUCCUGGAAUAGUAACAAGUUUUUAAUUCUGUCUGAUUCUAUGAGUUCUCUUCAAGCUGUUUCUAAGAAAUGUCUUAAUGCUUCCAUGAAUUAUUUAGUGUACGAAUUAAGAAAAGCUGUUAAAAAUGUCUAUAAUGCAGGAUUAACCAUAGAAUUUUGCUGGGUACCAGGCCAUUCGGGUAUACUUGGCAAUGAGCUUGUUGAUACUCUUGCCAAGUCUACAGAGAAUGUCUCACUUUGUGACUUUAAAGUUCCUCAAUCAGAUCUUGUAAUUUUUCUAAAAAAUAAUAUGAUUAAGCGUUGGUCGUUGUAUUUAGAAGCCUCUAGGCAAAUUAAAGGUAAAUGGUUAGCUGAUAUUGCUCCAGAACCCAGUACAAAAGCCUGGUUUGAAAGGGGUUCUUUGUUUCUCGGCAGGCAUUUUAUAUCCGCCAUCUGCAGGUUACGGAUAGGUCAUUGUAAAUUUCCAUCCCACCUAAACCGUCUGAAACUGAAUAACACAGCAGCAUGUACAUAUUGUAAUAACUCUGUAAUUUGUGAUUUAGAUCACAUUAUGUUUGUAUGUAGUAAAUUUAACUUGCAACGAUUAUUAUUUAUUGGUUUAUCUCAUCACUAA